ACCAAAACGGCCAGAAGCGAAAGCCCCGGCUCGACCGGGGAUGCUGGUCGGCGCGGCUCGGGGGCUCCUCCUGGCGGCGGCGCGGCUGGGGCUGGGGCUGGGGCUGGGGCGGCGGCGGCGGCGUCUCGGCGUCGGAGGCGGAGCCGAGCGAGACGACGGUGGGCGCGCGGCUGCGGCGCCGCGCGCGCCGCGCGAAGUCCUGCGCCGCCAGCACCGCGAGCCGCUGGCCCUCGGCGAAGCCGCGCCGGUACGCGGCGUAGCCGGCGCCCAGGUCCAGCGCGCUGCGCCAGGGGUCCGUCUGGGCGGCGGCCGAGCGGCGCCGCGGCCGCGAGGCGGUGCUGUCGCGGGGCGGGCGCGGGCCGCCGCUCCCGCUCGCGUCGCGCGCGUCCGGGCCCUGGGACGUCGGCCGCGCGGGCCGCCGCGGCGCGCUCCCGCGGCUGUCGCCCCCCACGGACACGCGCCGCGCGAGGUCCAGCGCGAGGUCCUCCGCUGCGGCGGCGGGGGAGCCGGCGCGGGGCGCCGGCGAGGGCGGCGCCCCCCCGCCGCUGCUGUCGCGCUGGGUCCGCGCCUCGCCGGCGGUGCCGGCGGGCGGCGCGGGCGUGGCGCGCGACGCCGAGGGCAGGCGCUGCGGGCGGCAGCGCGGCUCGCGGUGACGGCCGUCACAUCCGCAGCCGCAGCCGCAGCCGUCGUAGUCGUAGUCGUGGCUGUCGUAGCUGUCGUCGUCGCCGUCGUCCAUCUCGAAGCUCAGCACCGCGCUGCCGCGGAAGCCGGAGUGCCUGUGGGCGGGGGGCGGCCACGAGGUGCGGUGGCGCCGGCGCCGCGGGGGCUCUGGCGGCGGCGGCGGCGGCGGCUCGUCGCCGAGCCCCAGGCUGCUGCCCAGGUACCGUAUCAGCACCGAGUAGCGGUGGCAGCGCCCGGGCGCGGACGCGUGGGAGUCGUGGGGCAUGGCGCCGCGCUGUACUGCUGGCCCUUGCGUUGCGGAUGCGGUUGGUCGGCGGCAAGUGCGCGGAUGCUCCUCCUCGCUGCGGAGCUGGCCGUCUUCGUUCGCGGUAUUGCCUUGGGAUGGCUGGGCGCCGGCCUCUGCACCUACCUAUAUACGCGCCAGGAAUCGCGGCUUCACGGCCGCUCCGGACCGCUGCAGAAAAGACCCCUUGUCGAGACCACAAAGCGGCGCCGGCUCGCCAGGCACCCAGCGUCUCUUUCCCCCCUUCCCUCCUGAGACACCGCGGUGCGGAGUGUGCCCUGGGCCCUUUGUGCUCUCCCCCGCGCGGCUGCAUGUCGUCUGCAGCGCAGGAGUUGCUCACCCGCCUGAGACCCGCCAUUUUGCCGUGCUAAGACUUCUCUGCCCUUCCGAGAUGCUGGUCCAGCCCGACCGCCGCCGUUUUGUCGCUGGGUACAUCCGUCUAGCCCUGCGCGAUGCCGCUCGCGCCUUCAACCGGCCGUAUUAUUCUACGCCGGUGGUAGGGCGGUGGGCUUAGUUGGCGGGACGGAGACAGCGCUGCUCUUAUCCGACACCCGUUUCCUAGAGUGCCUGCGGGAGCUAAUACGGGUUUACACACAUCAAUAAAGAGUAGCUGGUUGUAAGCUGCAUUGUGAGCUUGGGAUUGAUUCUAGUUGAGAACAGUGGAGGGUUAAAAGAGAUACCGAGAAUGUGC